AUGUCGAAAAAGCUAAGGUUACAGAAGAAAUAUGAUAUAUGCAAUGAACAAGAUCUAGAAGAAGUAAUGGAAGUAACAGAAUCAGAACUAGGAAAUAGUGAUGUGGAGCCUGUGUUUUCAGAAACAGACGACCAUGUGGAAGAAAUGGACCUGGCUGAAGGUGUUAUUGAGGGAAGGGACAGUGAAGAAGUGAUUGAUGAUAUUCAAAUGCACACAAAAAAAUUUAUGGAUAAGCAAACAUUAAAAGAACAUCUCCUAACUCACAUGAUAGUUAAACCUUACCUCUGUCAAACUUGUGGCAAGCAUUUCAGUAGACAUUCUAGACUCAAAAAACAUUUAAUGAAACACAGUCUUGAAACGGCAUCAUUAGAACCUCACAUUCGCUCACAUCAAGGACUCAGUCAACACAAAUGCAAGCUUUGUGGAAAAACUUUUGUUCACCAAUCUAGUCUGUCAUCACAUCUCCGGCUGCACAGAGGAGACAAGCGUCACACAUGUAAAUUCUGUGACAAGGCAUUUUUCCAGCUAGGGGAUCGAAUUAAUCAUGAACGAAAACACACUGGAGAACGCCCAUUUAAAUGUGAUGUAUGUGGAAGAGCAUUCCGUACAAGAGGAAUGUGGUUUGAACACAGCAGAAUUCACAAGGAUGAACGGCCAUUUCCAUGUGACAUCUGUGGGGCAGCAUUCCGGCGGUCAUAUGCAUUGAAGAACCACAAAACUGUUCAUACUGGUGAGAAAAAAUAUGUAUGCAGCCAGUGCAAUCACGCUUUUCGUGUAAAGCAAGAUAUGCAAAAGCAUAUUAACAGUUAUCACAGGAAUGAAAUAACAUUUACAGAAGCUAUAAUGUAA